UCUUCCCUCCCGAGGCUGCUCCCGGAGCGGGCGUGGGGUACGCGGCCCGCCGGGCGCUCCAGGCCGCGGCCGCAGCAGCGGGAGGCGUGAAUGAGGAGCGGCGAGGUAGGGCCGCCCCUCCGUUGUCGCCGCCCCUGCGCCCCGGGCAGGGCCGGGAGGGCAGAGCGCGGCGCGGGCACGGUCGCCUCCGGCCGCCGCCUGGUCGCGCUGCCCGUGGCCGGGCGGGCUCCGAGAGCCGACACCCCGCCCGGCUGCUCGGCCGGGCGCUCCCCGAUGGGAUAAGCUGUAAAGAUGUUCAGCUUUGAAGGGGACUUCAAGACGCGGCCCAAGGUGUCCCUCGGCGGCGCGAGUCGGAAGGAAGAAAAGGCUUCUCUUUUACAUCGUACUCAGGAAGAAAGAAGAAAGAGAGAGGAAGAAAGGCGAAGACUGAAAAAUGCAGUAAUUAUCCAGUCAUUUAUUCGAGGCUAUAGAGAUAGAAAACAGCAAUAUUCCGUCCAGAGAAGUGCGUUUGAUCGCUGUGCUCGCCUGGCACAGUCUGGCGGCUCCUUCCCCAUUGCUAAUGGUCCCAACCUUACCCUUUUGGUGAGGCAGCUUCUGUUUUUUUACAAACAAGAUGAAGACUCAAAACGUUUGAUAUGGCUGUAUCAGAACUUAAUUAAACACAGUGCACUGUUUGUCAAGCAGUUGGAUGGAUCCGAGAGACUUACAUGCUUAUUUCAAAUCAAGAGAUUGAUGAGCCUCUGUUGCAGGUUGUUGCAAAACUGUAAUGACGACAGUUUGAAUGUUGCACUUCCAAUGAGAAUGCUCGAGGUGUUUUCAUCUGAGAACACUUACUUGCCUGUUUUACAAGAUGCUAGCUACGUGGUAUCAGUAAUUGAACAAAUUUUGCACUACAUGAUUCAAAAUGGGUAUUAUAGGUCUCUCUAUUUGUUGAUUAACAGCAAACUUCCAUCAAGUAUUGAAUAUUCUGAUUUAUCUCGAGUUCCUAUAGCAAAAACUUUGCUAGAGAAUGUUCUAAAACCAUUGCACUUUACUUACAACUCCUGUCCCGAAGUGUUUUACCAAGGGGCUCUCUCUGAGGAAGGCCUGCUGGUGUAUUUACGGGUGCUCCAGACCUUUCUUCCUCAGUUACCAGUCUCACCUGCCAGCGCCAGCUGUCAAGACUCAGCCAGUGACUCUGAGGAGGAGAGUGAAGAGGCCAAGAAGCCCUCAAGCCCUGAGGAUGGUAGACUAUCGAUACCAUACAUCACAGAGGAGUGCCUCAAAAAGUUGGAUACCAAGCAGCAGACCAAUACGCUGUUGAACCUGGUGUGGAGGGACUCGGCCAGUGAAGACGUGUUCACCGGGAUGGCCUCCGUGUGCCACACACUCAUGGUGCAGCGCCGCAUGAUGGUGCCCAGAGUCAGGCUCCUCUAUAGUUUAGCCUUCAAUGCCAGGUUUCUGAGACAUCUUUGGUUUCUGAUAUCUUCCAUGACCACACGGAUGAUCACCGGGUCUCUGGUGCCGUUGCUGCAGGUGAUAUCCAGGGGCUCUCCUAUGUCUUUUGAAGAUUCUGGUCGCAUCAUCCCACUAUUUUACCUUUUCAGCUCCUUGUUUAGCCAUUCGCUAAUUUCCAUACAUGAUAAUGAAUUCUUUGGUGAUCCCAUAGAAGUUGUAGGUCAGAGACAAUCGUCGAUGAUGCCUUUCACUUUGGAGGAGCUGGUGGUGCUGUCUCGGUGCCUGCGGGACGCCUGCCUGGGCAUCAUCAAGCUGGCCUACCCAGAGACAAAGCCAGAGGUGCGGGAAGAGUACGUCAUAGCGUUUCAGAGUGUUGGAGUCACCACCAGCUCUGAGAUGCAGCAGUGUAUACAGAUGGAGCAGAAACGGUGGAUUCAGUUAUUUAAGGUUAUCACCAAUCUAGUGAAAAUGUUGAAGUCCAGAGACACGAGGAGAAAUUUUUGCCCUCCAAAUCACUGGCUGUCAGAACAAGAAGAUAUUAAAGCAGAUAAGGUCACUCAGCUCUACGUGCCAGCAUCCAGACAUGUGUGGAGGUUCCGGCGCAUGGGGAGGAUAGGCCCGCUGCAGUCAACUCUGGAUGUGGGUUUGGAGUCCCCACCACUGUCGGUAUCUGAAGAAAGACAACUCGCCAUCCUAACAGAGCUGCCUUUUGUGGUUCCCUUUGAGGAGCGAGUAAAGAUUUUUCAGAAGUUGAUUUAUGCAGAUAAGCAAGAAGUUCAAGGAGAUGGUCCAUUUCUGGAUGGAAUUAAUGUCACAAUAAGAAGAAAUUAUAUUUAUGAAGAUGCUUAUGACAAGCUUUCUCCAGAAAAUGAGCCUGACUUGAAAAAGCGCAUCCGCGUGCACCUGCUCAAUGCCCAUGGGCUGGACGAAGCUGGUAUCGACGGUGGCGGCAUUUUCAGAGAGUUUUUAAAUGAACUACUGAAAUCAGGAUUUAACCCCAACCAGGGCUUCUUUAAGACUACUAAUGAAGGGCUUCUGUACCCCAACCCAGCUGCUCAGAUGCUUGUGGGAGACUCUUUUGCCAGACAUUACUACUUCCUGGGCAGAAUGCUUGGAAAGGCUCUCUACGAGAACAUGCUGGUGGAGCUACCCUUCGCAGGCUUCUUCCUCUCCAAGCUGCUAGGGACCAGCGCGGACGUGGACAUUCAUCACUUGGCCUCCUUAGACCCUGAAGUCUAUAAGAACUUGCUGUUUCUCAAGAGCUACGAAGAUGAUGUGGAGGAACUUGGGCUGAACUUCACUGUGGUGAACAAUGACCUGGGAGAGGCACAGGUGGUUGAACUAAAAUUUGGUGGGAAAGACAUCCCUGUCACCAGUGCCAACCGGAUUGCGUACAUCCACCUGGUGGCUGACUACAGACUGAACAAGCAGAUCCGCCCGCACUGCCUGGCCUUCAGGCAGGGCCUGGCCAACGUUGUCAACCUCGAGUGGCUCCGCAUGUUCGAUCAGCAGGAGAUUCAGGUAUUAAUUUCUGGUGCCCAAGUUCCCAUAAGUCUGGAGGACCUCAAGUCCUUCACAAACUAUUCAGGAGGCUAUUCUGCCGAUCACCCUGUCAUUAAGAUCUUCUGGAGAGUCGUAGAAGGUUUCACUGAUGAAGAAAAGCGCAAAUUGCUCAAGUUUGUAACAAGCUGUUCUCGACCUCCUCUCUUGGGGUUUAAGGNNCUGUACCCUGCCUUCUGCAUCCACAACGGUGGCUCCGACCUGGAGCGGCUCCCCACGGCCAGCACCUGCAUGAACCUGCUGAAGCUCCCCGAGUUCUACGACGAGGUGCUUCUGCGGAGCAAGCUCCUCUACGCUAUUGAGUGUGCUGCUGGCUUUGAGCUGAGCUGAGCUCACUGGCGCUGGGAUCUGGCCCUCUGCAGAGAGACCCGCACCUCCUCCCGCCAGCAGUACCUCCCUGUGAGGAUGCACAGGCUGGACGCCAUGGCGCUCCCAAGCUCCUUCCUUCAUUCUGGCAUUCCUCCUUCCUUCAUUUUUAAAAUAAUUUUUAUUAUGAUAUGGUCACUUAUUUAGAUGAACAUUGCUUUUUCAAUAACUUAAAAUAAUAAAUGUUACGUGCCAGGUGGCUAAUUUAGCAAUUUUGCCAAGAAGAGCACAGUUUUUAGACUAGGAGCGACUCGAUGAAAUUAACCAAAGAUGAAGCUUUGGCUUUGCUGAUGAGAUCAGAGCCCUCCUGAGCCAGAUUACGCUGUUCCAGGGCUCAGACUGGGCUGCGGGGUGGCAGAGAUACAGGGUCCACAGGGCUGAAACGCCGACUUCCAGGAGGCUGCUGCUUCUCGUGUGGUUGGAUGUUUACAAGCCUAAUUGUUAAAACUAAAGGCAUUCUUUUUCCUGCUGCCUUUUCCCAAAGUGGUUAGGUUUGGAAGACAGAUGACAAUGGUAAUAUUUUAUUUGUGCUUCUUAAGCCAUUUCCCCAACGUGAGACUAGCAUGCUGUUUCCAGUGCGCCACUGACCUGCAUCAGGAGGGCUUAGAUGUUACUCUCUGGGCGUGAGGAGGGGACCUCGCUCACUGUUCUGGGUCUUUGUCAGCUUUGUGCCUGGGGAGCUUUCGGGGGAGGUGGAGGAGGAGGGUCAGCCCAGCUCCUACAACAUCCGCAUCACCCACAAUACCCAGGGAUUUGUGGGAGGAGACACUAUGGUGUCUAUUAAAGUCGUUUGAACCAAAGUGACGGCUGCAUCUUUGUUCCAGUGCCUGCUGUGGCCAGGUCUUUAUGUCACGCUCUCUCUCCUGCCCUGGCUGCACUGCCAGUCUUCCUGGAGACCUCGGGGUAACUUGCCGGGCUUCGGCACCCUCUCUUCCUGGUGCUUUGCUUUGACACGAAAGUGGGACAGUCCCUGGUGCGUGUCCCAGGAGGAAAAGCACCGAAUGGUUCUUGUAAUAAGGCACUUUAUCAGGACCUGACUUACUGCUGGGUGAUUUUAGUAUCUAGAAACAGAAUGUUGAAAAGCAUCAGCUGUCAGGUUGAGUGGCUCCUGCUGAUGCUUAGGGGGUGUCUGAAUCCUUACUCAUCUCUGUGUGUCUGGUACUUCACUGUCACUGGAGGCUCUGGGCUGUCAUAGGUGAUUGAUCAUAAUUAGCAAUAUACUUCUCAAUGUGGGAGAACCGAAUGACACUUUUAAGACAAUGACCAUUAUCAAAACAAAAUGUGUAAUUUCGGAAUUUGAAUAAUAAAUUAAGUGUUUAAAUGCUAUUUGUAGUCUUGAUAUACAGAAAUAAAAUAAUUAGGGUUUGUCUUUGACUUUAUUUUUAUUUUAGGUUGGUUUAUGUUGAGUGUUCUAUAUCUUCUUAGUUUGUAUAUUUUAUUAUCGAUAUUUUAGAAAUGGAAUAUCUGGGACUGCAAAGAAAGUGGCAGUUACACUUAUGUGUGUUUUUUCCUCAACUAUUCUGACCUUAUUUAUUUAUUUGUAUGUUCUAAUGGCUAAAUAUUUGCAUUAAAUGUUUUUUUCCC